AGCAACAAGCGUAGCUGACAGACUCUUCUAGCGACUUCAGUUUACAUGUAAUAGCUCACUGACACCCGUACUUUCUGCUGAGGGCAACCCCCUUGGAAGCGAAUGAAGAAACAAAUCUUACUGCAUUUCACAUACCGAGGACUAGUAAGAAAAGGGAAGAAGAGUAAAAGAAGAAAAAAUGUUUAUAUUACGGAAAGCCGAGCCCAAAGACGUGUCUGAUAUACUGCGACUCAUAAAGGAACUUGCGAAGUUUGAGGAAAUGGAGGAACAGGUUGUUCUAACCGAGAAGGAGUUACUGGAGGACGGGUUCGGAGAUCAUCCGUUUUAUCACUGCGUCGUCGCAGAAGUACCGAAAGAAAGCCAGUCUAUAAAGGGUUAUACAGUGAUUGGGUUUGCCAUGUACUACUUUACCUAUGACCCCUGGAUCGGGAAGCUGCUGUAUCUGGAGGACUUCUAUGUUAUGAAGGAGUUCAGAGGUUAUGGGAUUGGCUCUGAAAUAUUAAGGACUCUGAGUGAGACGGCAGUUAAAACUCGAUGUAGCGGGAUGCACUUCAUUGUGGCAGAGUGGAACACAACGUCCAUCGAGUUCUACAAGCGACGUGGCGCCUCUGACCUAUCGCGCGAGGAGGGAUGGCGUCUGUACGAGAUCGACAAGAUCAACCUACUCAAGAUGUCUUCCAAGUAGACAAGUGGCAGACAAUGUUCAAUAAACAGGGAUUUCUUUAGACUUCCUCUAUGCUUUUGAUUGGUUUAAUUUAUAAUGUUCAUGAAUAAUGACUGUGAUUACAACUGUAAUGUAUCGGUCAAUAAAGUGUUUACUUGGAGAAUGAAAAAA